AUGGUGGCUGAGGCGCAAAGGCUUGAGGACGAUCGUUGCUCACCUGCUGCUGCUGCUUCGCCAUCUGAAGCCACCGCCGUAGUUGACGCCGUAGUCGGUGCUACCGCCGUAGUUGACGGUACCGCCGAGAUUGACGCUGCUGAUGCAAUAGCUGCUCCUGCUGACACGCCGGUUAUGGAUGCGGAGGGUGGAGCCGCUGUGUCGGAUCCCGUCGCGACUGCUUUGACUGCUGACGUCAACGGCUCUGUCACCGACGUUGCGGAUCGAAAUACUUGCGCUGUAGUAGCAGAAGAGGCGAAAGCAAAGGAAAUGGAAGCGGAGAGAGGUGAGGAACGAGCAGCGGGCAAUGCUUCUAUCAACCCCGACGAGGAAGCACCUAUAAGCUUGCAAGCAACCAUGGACUCAGACGCACCUAAAAGCUCGCAAGCGCCGAUGGAAUCGGCGCCAGCUGCGGCAGAUUCAGGCCCUUCGCAGCCCGUGGAACCGCCGCAACCGGUAGAGCAGUCGCUACCACAGCUGCCGCGGCCGUCACAAGUGACGGCGGAGUCGAGUCAAAAGUUGCCGGUGGAACCGUCGCAACCGGUAGAGCCAUCGCAACCGGUAGAGCCUCCGCAACCUCUCGAAGCGCAGCAGGCGGAGGCCCCACUGGCGGAGCCCGCACAGGCUGAGGCCCCACAGGCGGGCCGCCCGCAGGCGGAGCCCCCACAGGCGGAACCCAUGCAGCAAGACUCCCCGCUGCCUGCAGCUCCUGCAGGAAGCGCGGAGCAAUCUGCGCAGCAAUCCGCGCAGCAAUCCGCGCAGCCAGGGCACAUGCCCUCCGCGCAGGCGCUCAUUCCCCCUCCAGGGCACAUAGGCGCACCGGGGCACAUGACCCCAGGAGGAGACGUUGUAGGGAUGACCGUAACAGAAGGCAUUCCCAUGACCAUGCAUCCCAUGCACCAUCCCAUGCACCAUACCAUGCCCCAUGGCAUGCCACAUGGCAUGCCCAAUGCCAUGCCACAUGCCAUGCCGCACGCCAUGCCUCCAGGCUCUGUCCUUCCCUCCCAACUCAACCAGCAAAUAUCAGUCCUUCAUCCCACGCCCGUCCACCUCUCCCCCACAUCAAUGGCCAUGGUUUCCUCGGCGAAAUCCGAAGGCGCGAUCUCAGCCGUCCCUUCGCUCGACCAGCCGCUGGUGCUCAGCCGAGCCUCAGCCUUGGCGGCGCUCGGAGCUGACCCCGAGGCUUGGAGCCGCAUGUCGGCGGUUCGGCGGCGGGUGGCGGUGACAGGGCAGGUGAAGAAGGAGAUUUGCGAGCUGAAACUGCAGCUGGGGGACGUGUCUCAAGAUGAGAUGGUGGAGCAGGUGUACAGGCGGUAUGGCGUGAGGCUCAGCCGCACAACGGUCUCCAAGAUUCUCAAGGACGCACCCAGGUGGCUCAGAGUGUCGGGCGCAGCAGCCAAGCAGAAGCGGUGCCGCAUGGCCAAGUUCCCCCAGAUGGAGGCUGCACUGGCGCAUUGGUACCGACAGGUGAGUUCAAUGCACGCCAACAUCAGUGAUGCCAUGAUAGUGGACAAGGCCAGGCAGCUCUCGGUGGAGCUGAGCAUCCUGCCGGACGAGUUCAAGGUGUCGGACGGCUGGCUCUACCGCUUCAAGCGCCGCCACGAGCUGCCCACUGCGCGCAAGCGAGCCCUCCCUGGGAUAAAGCCUGAAGACCAGAUGGGGGAGCACGGGGGGGCACUCCCCUCUUCCCAGCAAGACUCACCAACCGGAGGGCUGCACAGCAGCAUGGGUCCGUACGGUACCAUGCUACCCUAUGGCGACCCAUCCCACAUGCACUCAGCAGCCAUGGGAGGAGCAGCAGGAGGAAGCAGCAGUCAGCACCCCAUGCUCCCGCACCAGCAUCACAUGAUCCCACAUGACCCAUCUGCCAUGGGUGCUGCUGCUGGCUCGGCUGCAGGGGCUGCUGGAGCUGGUAUGGGAGGGUCCCUUGGCAUGCCAGGUAUGGCAGGAGGUUCGCUACAGGGAUUGCAAGGCAGCCGCGGAAUGGGGUCUGGUGCUGGAGGGCUGGAUGCUGGGGAGGGGAUGGAGGAUGUGAUGGAAGGGAGUGACUCAUAUGGGGAGUCGGAGGAGGAGGAAGAUGAAGGGAUGGAGGGAGGCAGUGGGGGGGAGAGUGGGUUUGGGAUGGGUGCUGGCAGAUGGUCGGCUGGAGGGAGUGGGAUGGGGAAGAGGAUGCAGAUGGCUAUGGCAUCGGCAAUGAGUGGGCUGAGUCCGGUUGAUAUGGAGAGGUACUCUCAAGUGAAGUCCCUGUUUGCUGGAGCUUUGAAGAAACUAGAAUCGUACCCUCGGCUGUGA